AAUUAAACCAUUCAACGGUUAAACGAACAUGCAUGAAUGUCAUGAAAGUUUACUAUUGAAACACUUCAAUUCCCAUUGCAAUGUCAAGCGUCAGGGGCUUUCACUACGAUUUUUCUCAUAACUUUGUAAACACUUUUAUUAAUUAUCUCUGAAUAUGUCUGAGAACUGGCAUAAUUGGUGUCGAUUUUGUGCAAAGAUUAGCUCCAAGGACAUAAAUUCUGUUAAUAAAAUAGAAUCAAUCAGCGAACAACUGGAAAUAGUAAACAAAUACUUUAUGAUGUCGCUUAUACUCUUUGAAGGCGUCCAAUGUACCAUUUGUAGUGAUUGCCAGGAUUUCCUUACAAAAGUAGAAGGUUUUAGGGAUACAUGUCUGAAAACUGAUCAGAUGUUUAGAGAGUUGAUAUGUCAAAAAGAUGUCUCAGACCUGUAUUUAGAAACAAUUCGCUUCAAAUUUGGAAUUGAUAAUGAGGAAGUCAAAUACAAUAUACUGACUGAGGAAACAACCAAUCUUGACAUUCCGGAACAGACUAUUGAUCCUCUGGAAACACAGUUUGUGAAUAUCAAACAAGAAAUAACUCUAGAAGACUAUAAAGUACAACCUGCGGUUGUUCCCAGAAAACGAGGACGACCACGAAAACUGUCAUCAAGAGUUCAGCAGUCUAGACUAAAAUUAAAAACAGAGUUAAAGGACUCAAGUGAUGGGAUUGAAAUAUCCUCGGAAAAGCUUAUAGAAGAAGACCUUGAUUAUGCCCAAGAUCCUUCAAAUGACACAGUCUCAGAUGACGAUUUACCUUUGAAAAAGCGUCACAAAGCACCUAAGGCAGCUAAGAAGGAAACUGUAUGUGAAUUUUGUUGCAAAACAUUUAAGGCUCCAUGCUUGCUUAAAGAACACAUUUGGUCAAAGCAUCGCAAGGAAGAUCGACCCUUUGUUUGCUCAGAAUGUUCCAAGCGAUUUUCAUCGAAGGGAUUCCUCAAGAAACACAUGGACAUACACCUGCCCGAUUCCGAGAGACGUAUACAUCCAUGUCCUUAUUGCGAUAAGAAGUUCACACAGAAGAAUAGCGUGCAGAGUCACAUUAAUUGCAUGCAUUUCAAGGAAAAACCUUUUAUCUGUGAGGAAUGUGGAAAAUCUUGUGGUCAGAAGAGUGCCCUCAAGCAACACAUGGAAACUCAUACUGAAGAACGGCCUUUUAAAUGUUUCAUGUGUCCAAAGAUGUUCAAAAGUGCUCAACAAGCUAAAAUGCAUGAAAUUUGGCACAAGGAUAUCACCUAUCCUUGUCCACACUGCGAUUUAAAACUGAAAAGCAAAAUUACACUUAGGAGCCACAUGUUAGUACACUCUGACGUAAGAAAAUACAAAUGCAACUAUUGCGGAAAUGAAUUUAAACGCUCAAAAACGCUCAAAAAUCAUCUUAUUCUACAUACUGGCCAGCGUCCGUAUGAGUGUCCUUUCUGUGAUAAAACAUUUGCACAUGGAUCAAAUUGUCGAAGUCACCAGAAGAAAUCACAUCCUGAAGAACUAGCAGCUUUAGAAGCAUCUGGAGAACGACCUAAAAAUACUAAAAUCCCUAGACUCGAUCAGUUACAGCCAAAGCAACCUGUGGUAACGUCUUCGAUAUCUUUGGAUUGAAACACUUGAAAACUUUUCUUAGACCUGUGUAUGUAGAACAGUAAAAAUGGAAAUAAUUCUCCAAUUACUAAAAUUGCUCUCUUGAAACAUGAAACUAAGAUAAACCUAAAUCUGCUUCUCCAAUUGAAACUCCAAUGUUACAUAAAUUAUGAGUUGGAUUUGUGAAUAAAUUUAUAAUUAAUAUUCACAAUAAA